AUGGCCUCAUUCCAGGAUCGUGCCCAGCACGCUGUUGCCCAGCUCGACAAGGAGCUCUCCAAGUACCCUGUCCUCAACAACCUUGAGCGUCAGACCAAUGUCCCCAAGGUCUACGUGAUCCUCGGCCUGGUUGGAGUCUACUUCUUCCUGGUCUUCUUCAACAUUGCUGGCGAGUUCCUCGUCAACUUUGCCGGUUUCCUCCUCCCCGGUUACUACUCCCUUCAGGCCCUCUUCACGUCGGGUACCGCGGAUGACACUCAGUGGCUCACUUACUGGGUUGUCUUUGCCUUCCUGACUGUUAUUGAGAGCGCCAUUAGCGCCGCUUACUGGUUCCCCUUCUACUACAUCUUCAAGUUCGUCCUGAUCCUCUGGAUGGCUCUGCCCCAGACCAGCGGUGCCCAAGUCGUCUUCCACUCUCUCCUCCAGCCUCUGGUUGGCCGCUUCUUCAGCCAGAGCGGUACCUCCGCCAACCUCCGUGCUCAGGCCGAGGCCGCCGCCAACAAGGCGCACUCCACCUGA